CGGUCUGAUUAUUGUUACACACCUAAAAGCUGUUUCGGUUUUGUCCAACUUCUUCUCUCCUUUUUGAUCAAUCAAUUUCGUUAUUUUGAUCAAAAUCCGUUAAUGGCGGCACUAAGCUUUUGCAGCUCUUCUCCACCUCGAAUUCUUCACAAACAAUCUAAACCAAGCCUAUUCCCUCCGGAUUCUAACCUUUUUACACCUUUGUGUUUCACUUCCGUCGGAGAAUUAUCUCCAAAACCAAUCUCUGUCUCGAGACGAUUUCGUGCCUCCGUUAACUCCACCGCAGUUUCCAAUUCAUCGGGAAACGAGAAUUCACCAUCUUCUCCGGCUAAUAAGCUAAGGGAAAUUAUGCAAUCCCCUGGUGUUCUUCAGGGUCCUUGUUGCUUCGAUGCUCUUAGUGCCAAACUCAUCGAGCAAUCUGGAUUUCCCUACUGUAUCACCUCUGGGUUCUCAAUUUCAGUGGCUAGGCUUGGUUUGCCGGAUAAAGGACUUAUCUCUUACGGAGAAAUGCUUGAUCAAAGUCAACAAAUUACUCAAUCUGUUACUAUUCCGGUGAUUGGAGACGGUGGCAAUGGAUACGGUAAUGCUAUGAAUGUUAAGAGAACCGUUAAGGGAUAUAUCAAAGCUGGUUUUGCUGGAAUUAUCAUCAAUGAUCAGGUUUGUAGUGGCGAUACUGUGAGUGAGAGAAGAAGAGUGGUUUCUAGAGAGGAAGCUGUGAUGCGUAUUAAAUCUGCGGUUGAUGCACGUAGAGAGUGUGAUUCCGACAUUGUGAUUGUAGCUCAAACUGAUUCCCGAGAAGCAAUAUCUUUAGAGGAAUCGUUGGUUAGGGCAAGAGCUUUUACAGAUGCUGGAGCUGAUGUUCUCGCCAUUGAUUCUCUUGUUUCUAGGGAAGAGAUGAAAGCGUUCUGCAAUGUCUAUCCACUAGUUCCUAAAUUGGCUAGUAUGCUAGAAAGUGGAGGGAAGGUUCCGAUACUAAACCCGCUUGAGCUAGAAGAGAUUGGGUAUAAGCUAGUGGCAUAUCCACUCUCAUUGAUUGGAGUAUCUCUUCAAGCAAUGCAGGAUGCUCUAUUGGCAAUUAAGGGUGGUCGAAUUCCUCCGCCAGGAAGCAUGGCGUCUUUAGGAGAAAUCGAUGAGAUUCUUGGUUUUGACACAUACCAGGAGGAAGAGAGACGGUACGCUACCUUCUCAUCAGAUAGAGAAGCUAGCAGCAAUAGCGUCUAUGGUUAUCAACGGGAGGCUCAAGAUGAUCCAGAACAGAGAGAGGACCCGAUUGUUGAAGUCAUAACACCUGAGGUUUAUAAUGAACCAAGAAACCCCUUUUCGAGGAUCUGGUCACGAUCUCUGCGGAUCAAAAUCAUCGGACGCGAUGGGUUUGAGAAACUUGAUGUAAGAAUUCCGGCUGGAUUCUUGGAAGGUGUCACCAACAUUGUUCCAGCUUUAGGAGGCGUGAACUUGAAGCAAUUGAUGGACAAUGCAGUCGAUGAAGUCGGAGGGAAACUUUUGUUAGAUUUUAAAGACUCUGCUGGCGACAGAAUCCAAGUCUUUCUGGAAUGACACACACGUAGCCAAGAAACAUUUAAAAAGAGAGAACAAUAUGAAUAUAUUUUAUCUGUUCCGUGAAUGAAAAAUUGUUGUACGUGUAUAUAUCAAAUUAUAUGCAUAUAACAAAAAGGGCAGACCCGAGCAAGGUUUGCCACUCUCACCGGUACAAAUUUCACAACAAGCUCUCGAUUAGGUCUGUA